UUUAUUGCAUGAAUGGAUGGGUGAGUUUAGGCCAAGAAAAAAAAUCGAUCCAAAACGUCUUUUGUGCACACAGAGAGAGCAUUGUAUUGGUAUUAUAAAUGCAUGCUUGCAUAUUCGGAGGUUGUUGGUUCCUUUGUCUCCCGCACGGUAUAAAACCCAGCCGUCGUUCUGUCCUUCUUUUUAUGCACCUCAUGAAGUGGAAUCCAAUCUCUUUCAACUAUAUUAAAACGACUCUUCCAUAUUCGGCACAUGUGACAUUGCGAUUUAAACAUCAGCCACUGCGGUCAUCAUCGGCACGCCGCGGUAAGGGUCGAUACACUGCGGUAAAACAUCGGCAUACUACAGUAAACGUGAGCACACUUCGAUAAUCAUGAAAGGCGAGCCAGGUUCACACUUCAACCGCAGCGGUUGGACCAUGGCUAUGGCCGCGUUCAUACAUUUAACUUUCACCUACGGGAUCAUCUCCAGUUUUGUCGUUCUCUUUGUCUCACUCGAAGAAGAGUUUGAAUCAUCAGCAGUAGCGACUGGCUGGAUGGGGUCCAUGGCGUGGGGAGUAGCAGCAAUGUUCUCUCCCUUCUCCGCCUUGAUGUUCCUUCGCUGGGGGCACCGGCCCAUCGCCCUUCUGGGGGUUCUCUGCUGUUCAGUUGGGCUUCUCGUCACAUCGUUCCUGUCCAAUCUCUGGUACAUGUACGUGUCCUUUGGCUUCGUCUUUGCAGCGGGAACGAACAUGUUGAACAAUCCUGCUUUUCACCUUACCGCGCUCCAUUUUCCAGGCAAAAAGGGGGUCCGACCCUUCGCCUUUGUAAACCUAAGCGGCGGUGUCGCCAUUUUGGCAGGUGCUCCGCUCAUCGAUGUUUGCAUAAAAUCCCUCGGAUGGCGCAUCACUUAUGCAAUAUUUUCAGGCAUCCUUUUUGUUGUGUGUCUACCUUUAUGCUACUUCUAUAAGAUACCCUCUGCCUCCCAUAGCAACCUGAAUGAGGAAGAAAUGAAAUAUACUGAUUGCAAGCCAGAUGGAGCAUCAAAUAGCACAAAGGACAUUGGACAUGGGCAUGGUCUGGUGCAGUCUAGUUCCUUCGUUUGUUUGGCAAAAGAGACAUGUGAGCAUGACGCGGAAAAUGAACGUGAGUUAGAAAAUGAAACAGAGACGACCACAAGAACGAGCCAUCAAUACAAGCAGCUCGCUGAAAGGGACGAAACGUCUUCAUCAGGGGUGAGAACAUGCUUCUGCAACCACCAGAGACGCCACGUAGAUUCAAAGCCAAAACAUCCAUCAAGUCAGUGUGAACUGGAAGACCUCUCAUGCGCGCAGGGAAAAACUGCAUACCCCGACGUAGGGAGUAGCUCUAUAGGCGUGGUCGAAGAUUCGGAUCGUCCACGUGACGCGAUGGAGGUUAAUGACUGCGUCUUCGAGGCGGUAGAUGAAAGUUGCUUGGAUAGAAAGUGCGCCUUCAUGAAAGUCCCGGGUUUGUGGAUGGCCACCUUUGGGACGAUGACAACGUCGGCAGCGUCUGUUUUCAAUGUCAUCAAUUUGGUGAGCUAUAUGCAGCUGAUUGGUCUGAACGACAGGACCUCGGUCUUACUCAUCAUGGGGAUAGGUCUAGCUGAAAUGUUCGGCAGGAUCGUCUAUUUUCUGAUUGGGUCCAGUCUUCCGGUCGCCGGGAUGACGACCAUGUCCGCUGUGAACCUUGCCGGGGCUGCGUUGUCGCUCUGCCUCGCUCUUAUCCCGAGAUUAGAAACUAUCAUUACUUACAUCAUAGUUGCAGGUAUAGCCCGUGGAAUAUUCUACACCAUCAACCUACCGUCGUGUCUGGAGUUAUUUAAAGGGUUGGAUAGCGCUGUCGUUAUAGCCUGGAUGAUGGUGGGAAACGGUUUUGGUGGCCUCUUGUCAUCGACCUGCGGAGGUCUGAGUGUAGAUAUCACAGGCUCCUACAAGGUAGCCUUCUUCACCUGUGCGGGUCUCUACUUCACGUCUUUUCUCAUUUUCGGUAGUCUACGGCUCUGGCCAAGAAUGUUCAUCAAAGAUAAAUUUACAACUCCUCGAAACUGACCGACGUCUGUCUGAAACUGUAGACACCCAUUUUUCCCAGGAAUCUUGGAAAUCCGGGAAGAUCUAGGCCUUGUGUAGUAUAGGCCAGAAGCAUGUUCGGAAGUUGCCACCCCAUUUUAUACAUAUUAUUUGACCCCUCAAUGUUGCAUAGACCAUCAACUUCAUUCAAAGAGGUUGUUAGCCUGACCGUAGAUGGCGGGUUAUGAUUGACUACGGUGGAUUUUUUUAACGUGUGAGAUGCCUCCUUUGUUCAGCAAGAAAUUUGAAUGUUCACCACGGAAAAUCAGCCAAAAAAUGUCCGUACUCUUGAAUGUUCGAAACCCUGGAUACCUGACGAAGUGGUAACAUUAAAUCGCGUACUGUUUGCUGCACAGCGCCAUCUCAUGUCAACUUGCCAACAUUGCAGAGGACUCGAUGCGGAAAACCUGCUUGGGAUCGGAAGCAGCGACUUACGGCGUCACACUGCUUGUACAUCUGACCUAAGAUAUGGCGCUAGGGGGAUUUUGCAGUGGAGCUUCAAGGAAAGUAUGGCAUUAAUAUUGCUGACCUUCGCAGCAAAGCAGGAUUCAACGAUAUGUUUAUGGAAAAGUGUCACCAUCACAAUCCUAUCUUCACUAUAGCGACAAAUGCAAAACAGUAUUAAACAUGUAACAUUGAAAUAAUAACUGGCAAUAAGUAUAAGGUGCUUCAACUUACAGAAGUAUCAACGUUGUUGAAGAGUGGACAUUUUGAAUAUUUAACAUUAUAAAGAAUUUUACCUCAGAUUGAAAUAAACAUGACUGUAAUAUAUAUAUAUAUAUAUGAACAUAUUUUUGGGUGUUAUAUAUUCCAUGAAAAGUCUAUAUUAUUGUACAUAUAUUUCAUAUUUCUUAACUUAUCCAUAAUCAAUAUAUAAGCUUUUUAAUGCUGCAAUUGGAAGGUUUAAGACUUUUUAAAAUUUAACAUUUUUAACCAUGACCUGAAUAAAGACAUUGGCUACACUCAGGCACUGCUUUGGCCGGAAAAAAUGGAUUUAGUCCGCUAAGCGCAUUGUUCUAUUUGUGUUUUGGUUUAGUUUGUCUUAGCUUACUAUAUGUACACAUUUUUAUCUGGAUUUUACUAUACAGUUCCACUUGUUUAUUUGUGAAGGGAACCUUACUUACAAGCUCAAGCUUCUUUCGAGUUCCCUAACCAUUUUAUAACCAUGUCAAAUAUGUUUUGAAAUGAAAUGAAAUGAAAGUGAUAAUGAGCAACGUUCAAAUUCUUCUUCUAAAGUACAAAAAACAAAUGAUAAUGAAUACAUUGGCUUUUGCUGUUCUUAACCUAUCCUAAGCAACAGAACCUUAUUAUCAAAAACUCUUCCGACCAAGAAAAACUAUCUUGUUUAAUAAAAACAUAAAAUAUUAGGGCUUUAAACAAGUAGUGAAGGCAAAGUGAUACCUUGUUAUUCCAAGGUAUCAGUAUAUAUUGGUCAUUAUAAAGGUAUAACAAGACUUAAAGGUCCCAGUAUUUUAAAAAAAAAAAAAAAAAAUUGUCGAUACGACAAGGUUACGAGGGUCCACUGUAUUUAAAUGUUUUUGUUCUUGCCUAAUUGGAAUUUCAUAUUUUUACCCAUUUAAUUCAAAGUAGAAUUGAUUUAAAAUCAUUUUCAUACAAGAGCUGUUCCUGUUUGAAGUCAUACCAAAGCCCUAUGGCCUCUUCAGACCUCUAUUAAAAAGAUUAUUGAAAAAUGUAAUAUUGUUGUUAUUAAAUGCAUAUUUUAUGGAACAUAUGUAUAUGAACAUAAUUUAUACAUGAAUUUUCUUACCCUUUGCAAUAACAAGUUUAAUAGUCUUAAAAAUUAUGUUAUGAGUCUCAUGUUAUGCCAUGUGUUGUGUUUUUUAAUGGAAAUGUGAAUAAACUAACUCAAUACACUCAA